AGGGCACGGGGCGGCGACGGCGACGCGCAGGGGAAAACAUAUCUUUUCUAUCCGCCGCGACCGCGAGGCAGGGAGGCAGCGGGCGACUCGGCCGGCGGCGGUGGUGGCGGCGGCCGGCGACCGGGACGAGACGAGGCGUCAAGAUGAUGUCGUGCAGGGUACUCGCGCUCCUCCCUCUCCCCGCGCCCUCCCGCCGGCCGCGCGCCGCCUCGCUAGCGCGGCUUGACGCCGCCCGGCGCCGCGCCUUCUCCUCCUCCUCAAUCUCAUUCCGGUGCUGCGCCUCCGCCGCUGGUACUCCCGGAGACCAAGAGGAUCCGCCGCAGGACGCCGUGCUCAAGGCCAUCUCCCAGGUAGCAAGCUCUAAAGGAAGGGUUGCACAGACAACAAAUGUUAUCAUGGGUGGUACUGUGACAGAUGAUGCGACUGAUGAAUGGCUUGUCCUGGAUAAGCAGGUAAAUUCAUAUCCUACAGUUAGAGGAUUUACUGCCAUUGGUACUGGAGGAGAUGAUUUUGUCCAAUCCAUGGUGGUUGCAGUUGAAUCAGUAGUUCAAGAACAAAUUCCAAAGGCUCAGAUUUCCCAGAAAAUUUCGUCAAAGGGGAAAUACGUUUCUGUAAAAAUUGGACCUAUCCGUGUGGUUUCCAGCGAACAGGUCCAAGCAGUGUAUAAUGCCAUGAAGAAGGACGAAAGGAUGAAAUUCUUCUUGUAAACAUCAUGAGUAGUCGAGUACAGUAUCAUUGUUGUUACACCAGCAUAGUUUCACAGAAUUAGCCAUGCGAUUGUAGGUGUGGAAGGCGAAGAAAUUUCACGGUUUCCUGGCAAGAAUCCUUUCCUACUUUUACUGAGGCCACGUUUCCCAUGUACUGGCAGUUUCUCCUGCUACCUACUGAAAUUUACUGGCUAGGUAGAGCCUGUUUGGAAGGCUUUCAGGGCAGGACCUCACCUAUGACACAGCUCCACCGGGGUUUUCUGUGAAGAUAGCUUAUACUACCUCGUCUUAAAAUAAUACCUCCGUCCUAAAAUAAGAUUGUUUUUCAGU